ACCAUUCAUAACAGCCACCAACAUUUCUCAAUGGUUUCAUAACAGGUAAUCUUUCUUCCGACCCCUGCAACAGCUACACCAAGCUGGAAAAUCCCUGGAGAGCCAUUAACAACACAAUUAACUGCCUCACAAAUGACACGGAUGUCAACUGGGUCGGCUGGUAUCGUCUCUUCAUUCAGGGCUGGAACACUCAGAUGCCAGACACAUGUGUUGAAGAGUAUCGAUGUGGCACUAAAAUCCCACUGUGGUUAAGAGGUGGACACCCAAUAGUUGAGGAUGGAGUGGUCACCCGGGAUGUCUGUGGUCACAACAGCAAAUACUGCUGCUAUUAUGAGUCUUUUCCAAUUAAAGUCAAAGCCUGCUCAGGCAAUUAUUAUGUCUAUGAGUUUGUUAAACCAACUGUCAACGAUGCUGUAUACUGUGCAGAUGUCAGAAGCAUUAACACCAGAUAUACAACGAUCAAGCCAGAGAACAUCUCGACUGGUGAUUUAAUACCUCUUUUGACCCCUGCUACAACUACACUGUGCUGGACAAUCCUUGGAGAUCCACCAACAACACAAAUAAAACCAGUAUGUGUGGCACGGAUGUCAACUGGGUCGGCUGGUAUCGUCUCUUCAAUCAGGGCUGGAACACUCAGAUGCCAGACUCAUGUGUUGAAGAGUAUCGAUGUGGCACUAAAAUCCCACUGUGGUUAA